AAUAAAACCUUUCACAACUCCUGUCGCGUGUACACCCACACCUCGAUCUGAACACACACUUUCGCACACACGAUCAAACGCAUCAAACCCUCUCUACUCACUACUCCCUACACAACAAGCUUUGUAAUCAACGAUCAUCUCCCGAUGAACGAUAGCACCGGUAACAACAGUUACAACCGCCGGUACCCUCCCGGUAUCGGAAAUGGCCGCGGCGGCGGCGGAGGAUGGUAUGGCGGUGGUGGAGGUGGAGGCGGAGGUGGUAAUUUUCAAACAAACCCUAAUUAUUACCAUCAACCUCGAAGCCAUGAUCAAAUUCAACAACAGCAGCAUCAGUCACAGUACCCUCAGAGAGAGCAGUCCACACAACAACACUACAAUCAGAAGCAACAAUGGCUAAGAACGAACCCUAAUGUCCCUGCUUCUUCUACUGCCAAUAACAAUAACUAUGAAGUCGAGAAAACCGUACAGUCAGAAGGCAGCGUUGAUUCAAGCUCUCAAGAUUGGAAAGCACAGUUAAACAUACCUGCAGCAGAUAGCCGUUUCAAGACUGAGGAUGUAACAGCUACAAAAGGAAACGAAUUUGAGGACUACUUUCUAAAAAGAGAACUACUUAUGGGAAUCUAUGAGAAGGGUUUUGAAAGGCCUUCUCCUAUACAAGAAGAAAGCAUUCCUAUUGCUUUAACUGGUAGUGAUAUUCUUGCUAGAGCCAAAAAUGGAACUGGAAAAACAGCUGCUUUUUGUAUUCCUGCUCUUGAAAAGAUCGAUACAGACAACAAUGUCAUCCAAGUUAUCAUACUUGUCCCCACAAGAGAACUGGCUCUUCAAACAUCACAAGUCUGCAAGGAGCUUGGAAAACAUUUACAGAUUCAAGUAAUGGUGACAACUGGAGGAACAAGUCUAAAAGAUGACAUCAUGCGAUUAUAUCAACCUGUUCAUUUGUUAGUUGGAACUCCUGGAAGAAUUCUUGAUCUAACCAAAAAGGGUGUCUGUAUUCUCAAUGACUGUGCAAUGCUGGUAUUAGAUGAGGCUGAUAAGCUGUUGUCCCCUGAGUUUCAACCUUCUGUAGAGCAUCUGAUCAGUUUCCUUCCAGAAAACAGACAGAUUUUGAUGUUUUCAGCUACAUUUCCUGUUACUGUAUCACACAGUAUUAUGCUUUUGUGGAAGAAAGACAAAAAGGUUCACUGCCUCAACACUCUUUUCUCAAAGUUACAAAUCAACCAAUCUAUCAUAUUCUGCAACUCCGUAAACCGAGUAGAGCUGUUAGCAAAGAAGAUAACAGAGCUUGGAUAUUCUUGCUUUUAUAUUCAUGCUAAAAUGUUGCAAGAUCAUCGUAAUCGUGUCUUCCAUGAUUUCCGAAAUGGUGCAUGCAGAAAUCUUGUUUGUACUGAUUUGUUUACAAGGGGUAUAGAUAUUCAAGCCGUGAAUGUUGUCAUCAAUUUUGACUUUCCAAGGAACGCGGAGACGUAUUUGCACAGGGUGGGACGUUCGGGAAGGUUUGGACAUCUGGGGUUGGCUGUGAAUUUGAUAACUUAUGAAGACCGGUUUAACUUGUAUAGGAUUGAACAGGAACUUGGAACUGAAAUAAAACAAAUUCCUCCCCAAAUUGAUCAAGCCAUUUACUGUCUGUGAUUGAGAAAAUGAAAUACAAGUAGGAGACAUUUUCUUGUUUCUGUUUCUGUUUUUAGUUUAGGCUUGUUAUAUCAUAUGCUAGAUCUGUAUUUACCUGAUUCUGGA